CUCUGGGCUUCAGUCGGCUCUUAGACGUACUCGCGAUCACUUGGGCCGGAGAAAGUUCGCGGUUCAGCUGUGGGAACAAUCGAAACUGCGUCGCGUUCGCAAUUAGCAGCUAUAAAUAUUUACAAAAGUCCAUAAAUACAAACGAACUGGCCAUCGCCCAUCUGCCACAGAGGAUAUAUCGUUCGAUCCUCCCUGCCAAUACCAUAUAAAGCCAAACCACCAACGACCAUCGGCACGUCCAUUCAACCGUUCGGCGAAGCCCACGCAAAACGACACAAAAUCUCAAACACAAAUCGUGAUAAAUUUUCGCUAAAUUGCGCAAACGUUUUUCGACUAAUUAAAAUUUGACGUGCAUACCAAAACUCCAACUUCGAAACUUCGAAAGCCCCAAAAGCGAGAAAUAUAAAUUGCAAACAAGCGAAUUUCCGCGACGACACUUGGCAAGUGAAAUAAUGAAAUAAAAAUAACAAAAAGUAGGGGAACAAAGCCGCAGCAACGAACCCACAUCAAACACAAAAUAAACGUAAUUAGAACUGCGCAAAUUACUUAGAACUGCAAAAACAUUUGUUCUCCCCCACACUAACGCACGAGGAAUGCUGUUUUGAGAUAACCCACUGAAACCGAAUCGGAACUCCGGACUAUCCAUACUAAACCCCCAUCUUCCGCGAUACUCUUGAAUAAUUCAGCCUCGGAUCGCAAUCGCGAUCGCAAUCGCCGUAUCGAUCUGCAGUGGGCUUUACGACCCCCGAAUGUGUCCCAGUUACACACUUAUGUGGGUGGGUGUGUGUGACUGUUCCAUAUCCGUAUAUAGAAUAGAGUCGGCCAACGCAUUAGCGCCGAUUGUGAGUCAGAGGCACGGCUAUAGUGCUGAUUCUGAUUGAUCCGCUCAACCUUUCGCCCUAUCUGGUUAAUUGGAAGUCGUUUUGGUGGGGUUCAGUUGAGCGGAGAAGAAGCUCUUUUCGCCGUCUACUUUCUAUCGUUAUUUCUGGGAAACAUUAACCCAAACAUUAACAAAUACACUUAACCACCCAACCUACGGCGUGUUCUUUGAAUGGGGAUGCAAAUUAAUAACCAAUAGCCAGCGAGCCAAUUCUGUUGUUAAUAAAAACUCGACCGACUCCGCAAAUGCGAGCGUCUUUAUUGUUUUGGGCGGAAAUAGAAUUCUGAAGGCAAACAUUUUUCAACGAUGACUGACUGCCUAGUUGAGUGAAAGUUUUCGCGUUUUCGAAACGAUUCUCGUUGGAAAUCUGCCUGCUCUCAGCAAUCUAUAUAUUGGUUCUUACGAAUUAGCAUUGCAAAUGCGGAAUUUACAUUAGCUGCGGCUUAAUGCGACUAGGAAUUUUAUAUUUAUGGCUGUUGUGUGGCUUUUUGGCCAAAUAUCCAUAAGUAAUUGGCCAGCUUCGGCACAUUUGAAUUCAGGUUCAAAGCCAUUCGUUAUUCAUUAGGAAAUGGGAAUCGAAAACCUUAUCGCCAGGGAGUUAGUGCUCAUUUCGAUCUCGUCUCGAAGCCGAUAUAUUCUACAGUUCCAGAGAUAAGCCGAAAAAAUGGACCCCAAGAAAACGUUAACCUGGUUUUUCAGCCUGCCAUCGGUGCGCUACGCGCAGAUCUUUAUCGUGAUGGCGUUUGAUCUGCUGACCCUGUCCAAUCUGUAUCCGAAGCACUCGAGCUAUAUUGCGCGUCCAUUCCUACUCUGGCAGGAUAACCAGUAGGAGGACGAACGUAGCCUGGACUCAACUCUGCAAUUCUAACUAAUAUAAAUUUUUUACCGUGCGUGGGAGACGUUUUAUUGCCCCCAAAGAUUUUUGACCAGACACCAACCUUGAGCUUCAAUGCCAAUGCCAGGCCCAUGACGUCACUUGUAUCUGCUUGCCUCUUGCUGGUAAAAUAUACUGAAUAUUUUGUACAUACA